AUGAUGGCACAAUCAAAUGUUGCUCUCCUCUCCAUUCUUCUCAUGGCUUCCCUCUCUUCCGUAUCCAACGGCUUGACACUCUUUGGCCUACGUAUCGACCGAGUUGCCAUUCGUGGUACCUUGUUGUGUAGCCUUUACGGAGAUCCAAACGCACCGCCUGUCUCUAACGCCAUAGUAUACUUAGUAUGUGGCGACUCAAACUCAACCAUCACUCAAGCAGUGACCGAUCCGGUCGGUGUAUUCUUCAUUACGCUCAACGUCUUAGAGACGGUUUUGAUUAAUCCAGCUCAGUGCAUCAUCGAAGCGAAUUUUCCGACUGCCUCGUGCCAAAUCUAUCCACCGGACGGCUCAGUCACAGCCACAGUCAAUCUGGUCAGCAUCGUCAUCACGAGUCUCCAAACUAUCGCUAACUAUGCCUCCAGUACAUUUUUCAGCGAAGGUGUAUAUCGCUAA